AUGGAAAUCCGUAUUAAUACAGACGGCCGUCCGGUUUUCAAUGUCGCUUCAUCGCCAACGAGCACUUCGACUGAAAGCAGCGCCGAGCAGAAGGAUCGCGGCCGUCUUCAAAAACAAUUGAGCCGCGAGAACAACGAAAAUGGAAUGCGUAGCAAAUCCAAUUCGAAUUCAUUCAAAACCGAAAAAAAGCGAAGCAAGAGCGUUAAGAAGGAUCAAAAGGGAAAAAAGGUUGAUUCGAUGAGUAACUCUCCAGUCGAGGAUCUCACGUUUGCCGCAGCCACAUGUUCGUUGGGUUCAGCAGCUCCCAAGAGAAAGUCCAUCGAUUUGGAUGACAUCGAUCGCAUUUAUACCAUUCAGCGAGAGAGUAUUGCGACUGUCAAAGAUGCCGAAGUUCAGACAACUCUGUUCUAA